UAAAAAACAAAUACAUUUCGUUUUCGAUUUCUCCAUCUCCACUGCUGCCAUUGUCAUUCCGGCGAUUACCUCUGCCUCCGAUUGUAACAGUCUUCGAUGAUCCCUACUCCACCCGCGAAAUAUCAAUCCUAAGUUCUUUCAAGCUCAAACUAAGAGUUUGAUUCAAUCAAAUGAUGUUAUAAUGGGAAUCAGUAAAACAGAGAUAAACUUAAGGAGGUUGCUUGCAGCUGCACCUCGGCAACAAAAUCAAGCAAAACUUAUACAUUAUGUUGCUACUUUACGAGAACAAUUGGAACAACUGGCUGAAGAGAGAACUCUAGAUGGCUUACCUAGAGUUUCAAAGGCUAAGGUCAAUGAUUAUUCAGAAAAGAUUGAAGCCAUUGCUUCCAGAUUAGCUGCCCCAUUGGUGCGUUGCAUUGGAUACCCUAGUAUUGUUCAGAGAGAGGGAGAGAACAAGUAUUUGAGCAAGAGGGGAACUCGGAUUGGAGUGGAAGCUUUUGUAUCCUAUUGCAGAAAGCUUCAAGAAGACCUGACAGAUGAAAUGGUUGGGUUGGCACAACAACUAAAAGAGAGUAGUCUCUUGAUGAGCCAGUCCUUGCAAAAUACUGAAAAGAUACUCGAUUCUACAGAGAACGCUAUUGAGCAAAGCUUGGCAGGCACUGGCCGUGCCAAUGUCCGAGCCUUGGAGAUAUACUCGAAAAGUUCUAAAACUACAUGCUUCACUUGGCUUCUGAUUUUUCUAAUGACAUGUGUCUUCAUCAUGGUUGUACUCCUAAUUCGCGUCACUUAGAAGUUUCU